GACAGGAGAAGCGCUUUCAACUGUCAUCUGUCAUUUGUCAACACCAACCAUCAACAAAACAAAAAUUCCUUUUCGGUUUUUGACAGCCGUGUAAAUAGGUUUUCCAAGAUGUUGAUGCCAAAAAAGAACAGAAUCGCUAUCUUUGAAUACCUUUUCAAGGAAGGUGUUAUGGUAGCCAAAAAAGACUACCAUGCCCCCAAACACGGUGAAUUAGAGAAUAUUCCCAAUUUACAAGUAAUCAAGGCCCUGCAAUCUUUAAAAUCGAAAGGUUACGUUAAGGAACAAUUCGCGUGGAGGCAUUACUACUGGUACCUCACCAACACAGGUAUUGAAUAUCUCAGAACAUUCUUGCACCUUCCCGCUGAAAUUGUCCCAUCCACUCUUAAGAGACAAGCCAGGACAGAGGCUGCUCGUCCCAGACCUGCGGCUGUUGGAAGGUCCGAAGGUGGCUUCAAGGGGGCAGAAGACAGGACUGGAUACAGGAGAAACCCUGCGGCCCCAGGAGCAGACAAGAAAGCUGAUGUUGGCGCCGGUACUGGAGAACUAGAGUUCCGUGCAGGUUUUGGCAGAGGCAGACCAGAGAGCAGGCCUCAAUAAACCAUUUUUUUUUUAUAAUUUAAGAAAAUCAUGAUUGCUAAAUAAAUAUUAUUUGUUUAGUGGAAAAAUGAAGU